UUUAAGUUUUACUCUUAAGAAUGCCGACAAGAAUUCUGCUGAUUAACGGGAUGAUUCCAGUGCACAUCGAUAUUUCCCUUUCAAUUUAAUGAUGCCACUGCUACAAAGAACAUUUCAAGUGAAUGUUGUCCUCAAAUAUUUGGAAAGAUAUGACUUUUAGAUGGGUUCAGGAUGCCCAUGUACUUUCACUUAAAAGGGCUGUAGUCUCUUGGCACACAAAUGGUGAAAAAUUGGUAUUACCCCUGCCCUAUUUACUGCGACACCCAUACUGUAGACUUCAUGCCAGAAGGCCCUUUAGCUACAAGGCGGGCCAUUUCAGCUGGAACCACACUCAGAGUCAGAAAAAUAGAGUGCGAAGAGGAUGGCUUUGCAGAAUUGGUCCACUCAGACACAGGCUUGGUUUUUAUACAAGCAUUUUGAAUUUUAACUCAUCGGCAUCUCUUGGGUCCGCUGACCUGAGUCACCGCAUGUCACGUCUGAGGAGCACUUUGGAAUCUGUCUCAAAAGCUGUGAGUGGAACACAAGCUGACAUUCUUGCCAGGAUAGCACGCUUGAAACCAAGUGCCACCCAGGAGGAGAAUGACAUCCAGGCAAAUCCAGAAGAACCACCGCAGGAGCAGAAGAAUGGGAGUGUAGCUGCAGCCACAGCUACACCUGUACCUGCACCCUCUGCUCCUUCUCCCCCCACUACUUCCCCGAUAAGUCCCUCUACUUCACCUACCAGCUUAAAGGAGCACAGGGAAAGGAGGCGACCUCGGUCCAUAGAACAAAGACCUCAAGUCAGUAGUCCAGUCAAGGCAUCUCAGGUGAAAUCUUCAGCAAGCACACCCAAUGACUCAUCGGUUCCCAAACAGACCACCCCUCUGUUCCACCCCAGCUCCUUGAGUGUCAACCUAGAUGAGACAUACAAUUAUCUGGCACACCAUGUGAAUGCUUACUUUGGGAGCUUCAUAAAGGCUGAAGAGACAAAAUUAGAGACCAAAAAUGACAUCGCUCAGUCUGACCAGACCCAUCAAAACCAAGCUCAUAAACCCACCCUUGUGCCUGUGUCAAACAAAACGUCGUCCAUGAUUUCUGCCACACCUUCUACCUCAAGUUCCCCCGCGUCUUCUAAGAAAGGCUUGGGACAUUACCUGUCCUAUUCAGCACCCACUGUCCAAGCGUUCGUAGGGAGUUACAUUGCUCCACUUGUUCCAAGAUUUCGUGGUGAAUCCAAAAGUGUUCCUGGAGAGCAAAACAAGCCAUCCUUUACUGAAGAUGCCGUUUUAAAACAGAAAGAGACAAUAGAGAACAAGGAGCAGAAGGCUGCAGAGGAAAAAGCUAAACGGCUGAUGCUUCAAAGAGAGAAGAUUAUUGCCAGGGUAAGCGUGGACAACCGAACCAGAGCUUUGGUCCAGGCCAUUCACAGAGCUUCUGACGUCAGACUUUAUAUCAGCCGGGUGGAAGAGCUCAGCUAUCACCUGCUAGAGUUCCCAGAGACCAGAGUGGUGGCUGUAAAGGAGAAGGUGAUCCCAUGUUUGCUGCGACUCAGGCAGGCCAGUGACCCAGCCCUGAAGGCAGCAGUGAGGGAGGCCCUUGCACUUGUGGGCUACAUCAACCCGGUCAGAAGCAGAGGCAUACGCAUCCUGUCCAUCGAUGGAGGGGGUACCAGAGGCCUCGUUGCUCUUCAGACGUUACAUAAACUGGAGGAAUUAUCAGGGAAACCCAUUUACAAACUCUUCGAUUACAUCUGUGGAGUGAGCACCGGUGCCAUACUGGGCUUCAUGCUGGGUGUGUUUCAGAUCCCUCUGAAUGAGUGUGAGGAGCUCUACAGGAAGUUAGGUUCUGAUGUCUUUAAGCAGAAUGUCAUUGUCGGUACGGUUAAGAUGGGCUGGAGCCAUGCAUUUUAUGACAGCGAGAUCUGGGAGAAAGUUCUCAAAGAAAGAAUGGGCUCCAGUUUGCUGGUGGAAACAUCUAGAAACCCAUAUUGCCCAAAGGUGGCAGCAGUGAGCACGGUGGUGAACAGGGGAACACCCCUGAAGGCUUAUGUCUUUAGGAACUAUAACCUGCCCCCAGGUGUGCGCUCACACUACCGUGGAAGCUGCCAGCACAAGUUGUGGGAGGCCAUCCGGGCUUCCUCUGCUGCACCAGGGUACUUCCAGGAGUUUGCACUGGGCAAUGACCUCCACCAGGACGGUGGUUUGCUGAUCAACAAUCCCACAGCUUUGGCAGUUCAUGAGUGUAAGUGUCUGUGGCCCAGUACUCCAGUGCAGUGUGUGGUCUCUCUGGGCACUGGCCGCUUUGAGGCCUCCAGCAAGCACAGUGCCACCUACACUAGCCUGAAGACCAAACUCACCAACGUCAUCAGCAGUGCGACUGACACUGAGGAGGUUCACACCAUGCUGGACGCUUUGCUUCCGCCACAUACCUACUUUCGUUUCAACCCCUACAUGCAAGAGGACGUCGCUCUGGACGAGAACCGUCAGGAGAAGCUGGACCAGCUGCAGGCCGAGGGUGUGCGUUACCUGGAGCGUAACAAGGAGAAGCUGAAGAAGGCAGUGCGUAUCCUCACGAGGGAGAAGAGCGUGCCUCAGAGGGUUGCUGAGUGGGUCAAGCUCAGAGUCGAUAUGUACGACGGCAUGCCCUCGUUCAGCAAGCGCUAGCUGGAGAGACCAUUCAGGCCAGACUCCGCGGCGCGGCACGUGGUCUCUCGGAAGAACAUUUUAGAUGAUAAAUGUCUGUAGUCCUUUUUUUUCCCCCAAAUUCCUGACUGCGUUAAGGCGUUAAGGAGGGUGGUUUGUUGACUUUUGGAAGAUUUGCUGUUGGAUUUGAGUUUUGAUGUGGAAACAACCUGAAAGGGAACCUGCGUUUUUUUCUGAAUGCUUAGCAGAGUAAGCUAGUGGAAACCAUGGACGAUGCUCCUUCACAACUGAAGUCUUUGACAUAUAUCAUAAGCCCUCCCAAGCUUAAGAGAUUCUCGGGUAAAGCACAAAGUGCAUCUCUGGUCACUAAAGACAGAGAACUAAACAAAGCUGUUCUACAAAGUAGUGCAAGAUUCAGGGUCUUGAGUUUUCAACAUACAGUUAAUACAAGCUCGGAAGU